AUGCUGAUGCAGGUGUCCCCGGAUGCGGCCGAUGCUGCACUGGCGUUGGUGCAAUCGGGCGGCACUGGCACGACGACAUCAUCACAGAGCGCACAGAAAGACACGACUUGGACGAAGCUGUUCGUGGGUGGUUUGCCGUACCAUACGACCGACAAGAGCCUGCGGGAGCACUUUAGCGUGUACGGCGAUAUAGAGGAGGCCGUUGUGAUAACCGACCGCACGACGAACAAAAGUCGGGGCUAUGGAUUCGUGAUUAUGGGCGAUAGACUGAGUGCCGAGCGUGCCUGCAAGGAACCGAACCCGAUCAUCGAUGGCAGGAAAGCGAACGUGAAUCUCGCGAUACUGGGCGCCAAACCGCGGGGAAAUGCAUCACAAGGAUUUCCGUUCGCCACGACAGGACUGCGGACGGCUGGCUAUCCAGUGAUACCGGGACAGUACGGGGUGCCACCGUCCUACAUUUAUGGAACGCCGUAUCUAGGCACGGCGGGUGGAUCGACAGGUGCGGCCGCAACCGCAUCCGGACUGGUACCGAUCCCUGCCACUCAGUUGUCGCACGCAGCAGCCAUUGCUGCCGCCACUAGUCAAUUCUAUGAAUAUCAGAAUGCGGUAGCAGCAGCCGCCGCCGCACCAUAUCCGGGACAGUACAGUACAGGAUUCGAUGCAUAUCCUUAUGCGUCCGGCGCUUCAGCUGCCGGUGCAGCGGCUGCCGCCGCCCAAUACAUGGCCGGUCCGUACACGUACGCCACGUUGCCGCAAGCGGGAGCUGCCGCCGCUGCAGCUGCCGCCGCGGCUGGUGCAUUUCCCGGCCUAUCGCCCUAUCAGAAUGCGACCGGUGCUUCGCUCCAGGAGGCUAGACUGCAAUAA